AUGGCAACAGGCGACUUGAAGAGAAGCUUACGGAACCUAGAACAAGUGCUUCGCUCGGUAAAUUAUCCUCAAGAAGUGGAUUGUGUAGGUUUGGUUAAGGGAGAUUUAGCAGCAUCUUUACCCAUCAUCAGCUAUUCUCUUACCUCAUAUUCUCCUUAUGUAGCAGAACUUCUGAUGGAAUCCAAUGUAGAACUCAUAGCAAAGAAUGACUUGCGCUUUAUAGAUACUGUCUAUAAGCUUCUUCGUGAUCAAUUUAAUUAUAAACCAAUCUUGACGAAAAAGCAGUUUCUCCAAUGUGGAUUUGCAGAAUGGAAAAUUCAAAUUAUCUGUGAUAUUUUGAAUUGUGUGAUAAAAAAGCACAAGGAGUUGAGUUGUCUUGAUAAGACUCCAUCACUACAAAGAAAGAAAGUCAAUUCUGCUAAGUCAGAACCUAGUUCAAGCACCGAGAGGUCAUCUGCAGAAUCUGUUGGCAUUGAUAUUACUGGCAGGUUCACAACUUCAGGAAAGAAGAAAGCUGUGGUGAUCCGUCACCUCUACAAUGAAGAUAGUGUGAGCAUUUCUGACAGUACGUCAAGUGCAAUGACAGAUGUGAAUGAAGCAUUUGCUGUGAGUGACUUAAAGGAUACUGAAAUACAGACUCCUGAAGUAAAGGUCCCUGAAAUCGAGUCUGAGCAACAAGAUAUACAAGUUAAUACUGAGCUUAUUGGACUAAAGACUCUGCUUGCUGAAUGCCAAGAAAAGCUUAAGAAACUGACUCAGAUGGAGAACAAAUUAGAUUCUUUGGAAGAAAAAAUGAAAGGAAAAGUGAUGGUAGAUGAAAAAACCUGGACCAAUCUAAUAAGUCGUGUCACUCUUCUUGAAACAGAAUUGCUUUUGUCCAAAAAGAAUGCUGAUUAUAUCAACUAUGAUGAAACAAAUGAAGACUAUGCUUCUGGUAGUAGUAGCAGGAAUAUUCUGAAACUUGAUAGCAAAAGCAAAGAGAAGCAAAGCAAAAGCAAAGAGAAAUUAGGUAUUCCUCUGUCUUCCUGUUAUAGAACAGUAUCUAGAGACACAACUCCCAGAACCUCAACUCUUAAUUACUGUGGUCUGAAAGAAAUUUCAGAGGAAACAACAAUUCAGAAAAUGGAAAAGAUGAAAAAAAUGUUUGAAGAAACUGCAGAGUUACUGAAAAGUUCAAAUCAUUCACUAUGA